AUGGCCGCUAGUGACAGUGGAGACACCAGCUUACUCUCCAUUGUCCUUUUUGCUGUAGAAGAGAAAAAUGUCUAUGAAAAUCUGAAAAUUAGGAGCCACCUCCACCUUCUCCACCGGCACCGUCGCAGUCAUAAACCGGCAAUGGCCGAUGAAGACGAAACCCUCUCUCUCCGCACCCUCUGCACCAUGAGGUCCCUCCUUCUCCACCCUUCUACCUCAAAACGUACCGUUUCCCACAUCCUCCAAACCCUAACCAGCUCUCCACACCCCACUCCCCACUCCCUCAAACUCCUCUCCGACGCCGCCGCGCUCCACCCAGACCUCGCCCCCUCCGCAGCCCUCCCUGCCGCACAGUCCCAUCCCCAUCUCGCUGUGGAAGCCAUCGGCUCGGCCCUCUCGGGGCUCCAUCUCGACGACGCGCGCUUCACGUCUCUGUGCUUCGGCACCUCUGUGCCGGCGCGAGCGUGGAUGCUCCGGAACGCGGGUUUGAGUUUCAAGGUCCGACCUGGCUUGCUGCUGGCGGUGCUACUGGGGUUUACGAAGGAUCCGUACCCUUACGUGAGAGACGCGGCACUAGAAGGGCUCGUCGGGUUCAGCGAGCGCGGUGGAGAAUUGAAAGACGUUGGCUUGGUGGAUGCGUGUUAUCGACGCGCCGUUCAGUUGCUUCGGGACGUCGAUCCUUGCGUUAGGUUGUCUGCUGUUCGCGUGGUGGCUUCAUGGGGUAUGAUGUUGGCAGCUUCUAAUUCAGACACGAAAGCCUAUUGGUCCAAUGACGUAUUUGCCAAGCUAUGCUCCAUGGCAAGAGAUAUGAAUAUGAAGGUCAGGGUUGAAGCAUUUAAUGGCCUCGGAAAGAUGGAAAUGGUGUCGGAAGAUCUUCUGUUGCAAAGUUUAUCAAAGAGAGUUUCAGGACGUGGAAAGCAAAAGGAAACUGUGGAUCAGCGCACAUCUGAACAAUUUGUGAUGUUGGCAAGUAGUGUUGCUGGAGCACUCGUUCAUGGACUUGAGGAUGAGUUCUUUGAGGUGAGGAAGUCUGUAUGUGAGUCCUUACGCACACUGACAAGCCUAUCUGCUGAGUUUGCACGUGAAGCCUUAGACUCAUUAAUGGAUGUGCUGAAUGAUGAUUCGCCGGUGGUUCGCUUACAAGCUUUAGAAACCAUGUAUCAGAUGGCCAUUAAUGGCCGUUUAAAGCUUCAUGAAAAACAUUUCCACAUGUUUCUUGGAGCUCUGGUGGACAAUAGUUGGGACGUCAGAUAUACUUAUAGGAAAAUACUCAAAGUAAUGAAGCUAAAUAAUUUGGCAUUGUUCAAAUCAUCUAAUGACAGACUUCUGCAAAAUUUAGACAGUUAUCCACAGGAUGAAGCAGAUGUAUUUUCUACUUUUUCUCAUCUGGGCCGAAAUCACAAGAAAUUUGUAAGCAUGAUUAUGAAGGACACGUUUGAAGAGGUAGAAACAGCUUUGGAAGGAAAUGUAGAAUUUGAUAGUGCAAGGAUAGCUGCAUUGUUAAUUCUUUCUAUAUCUGCUCCACUCUUGGAUGCUGAUGUAGGCAGAAUACCACCAGUAAUGUUUUCUUAUGCAGUUACGUUCCUGGGUAGAAUUUAUAAUGCUUUUAGUGAUAUCAUGGAUAGGGAUGCCCUUUUGGCCUGCCUAUGUGAGAAAAGCAGAUCUACAGAGUAUUCUGCAUCAAAUAUUAACCUCGGGGAAGGGGAGCAACAGUUGCCUUUAUUUGAAGGUGAUGCUCCAAAUGUUGCUACCAAUGAGGUGAUUGACUUGCAUAUCACAAGGGAGCCGAAAGAGUUAGCAAACCAUCAGAUAGAACAACAGCAAUCUGUUCAUGAUGACGUUAUAAACUUCGCAAACUAUAUCCUUGCAAAGCCCCCUGAUAUGUGGCCGAGCAUACAGUCCGGUCAUACAAAUGAAGUGCUAAGGUCCUUAAGGUGUUUGAAGGAGUUAACCACUAUGAAACUUGGUUCUUCGGGAUAUGCUGAUGCUGAUGCUGAUGCUCUGGCAUUUACUAUACUAUAUCUCCGGGUAGUAGUGCUACUUGCAGAAGUAUGGGAGCUCUUGCUGCCAGCAAAAGGGUUGCGUUCUCAGCGAAUAGGAAAAUUGGAAUUCAAACUGGGAAAGCUUGAUAGGAGGGUUAAAGAAUUGAUAAGUAGGUUUAUAGGCUUUUCUGCAGAAGAGGAAUUGAACCUCUUGGAGCUAAUGUUAUUGACAUGUGCUCUCAGGAUAUGUAAAAAUGAAAUCAUCUGUCUUAAUCAUACAUUCAAGAGGUUGAGUACUCUAUAUUCACGUGUUGAAACUAUCCUUAAAGAAAGUUCAGCUUUGCGAUCCAAUUUCGUAGUUGAACUUGGGAAAGUAUUAAGUACCGUCUCCAUCAAUGGAGCUUCCUGCAGUCCAUUUCAGUUUGAUGCAUGCCUCAAGUUUUUCUCUCUGAAGCAGUUUGUGUUUCAUGGAUCAAUCAAACAUGUAAAUGCAGAACUAAGCAUUCCCAAUAAUGACAUGGAACAUCCUCUUCCCUUUGUUUCAGGACUACCAGUGGGUGUACCAUGUGAAAUCACUCUCCAUAAUAUUUUAAGUGAGAGUAAGUUGUGGCUAAGGAUGGCUUUGGAUGAUGGUUUCAUACAACAUGUCUUUCUUGAUUUGGACCGUUUUGAAGGCUCUGAAGAUGUAAGAAAAUUUACAUUUGUUGCGCCGUUCUACAGAACAGCAGAAGCUUAUUGCCUUGCAUUGAAGGUUUGCAUUGGUUUAGAAUGUUUAUUUGAAAAUGUGGGUCCAGUACAAAGGGAGGAGAUACCGGUUGGAGGAGAAGAUAAGGACAACUUUCUUCCAUUCCACUCUUGCUCCAAUCCCAAUAGUCUGAGAUUGAAGAUGAUGUCAACAUGGGAACCGGUGGAGAUUGAGGUGAAGCGGAGCGAUUUGAGCAUCAUUGCUCGGUGUCACGGAUUCCCCAUGGUUGGCUUCCGGCUCCGCAUCCCGGUUAGGAUAUGUUAG